CUUUGUUCGUCGUCUAUGGCUCUGGCUUUUCGGUGAUAAAUACCCGACUCUCGUCUCCAAUGAACGGACUCUUACAGAAAGCGCCGGGGAAGAACGAAGUACAACCGUACUACUCACUGAUUAACCUGCGCCGACUGUCUAACCUGCGCUAUGAAUUUGCUUAGCCAUCUCUGGGAUGACACCGUCGCCGGACCUCCUCCCGACGACGGUCUCGGAAAGCUUAGAAAAUUUUCUACUUUUAAUUCCCGUUCGGAUUCCGGCAAGGAAUCAGAGGCUCAGAUUCCGAACCAGAGAUCACUGACUGUGGACACAAGUGACGAUGGUAUGAGAGUGACGAAAAGUAUCAUGAUACUAAAGUCUCCUCGUAAUCAGAGCAAGGAUUCCCCUCCUCAAUCGCCGUCUCCAUCGCCGGCGGGAUCCACUCCUCCGGUAUCUCCAUUUUUUGGUGCAGGAGGGAGAGAGGCGUAUCGUUUCAAGAAGAGAUCGGCGUCGUUUGCGUACGAGAACGCCCGAGGUAUUGGACCCAGAAGCCCUCCUCCUCCUUACGACCUGUGAAAUAUGAGGCAGCCAAUGCUACCCCUUUUCUUCUCCCUGAGGAGGUGGUGUUGAACGUAGCAGAGAGAUACCAUGUCUUUUGUAUGUUUGCCAGAGGAUGUCGCAUGAGGUCUUUUUUAUAGCCAAUGUAAAUAUGUCGUCUGUCCUUCGUGUUUACCCUUUGCUCGUCGUCAGCUGAGUUCGGUCCGGGUACAAGUUGUAAAAUAUGCAGUGUGUUGUGCGAUAUAUAUCCUUUCUCAUUUUCAAUGUAGCGUUUUCUCCUUGACAUAGUGAAUAAGAGCUUGUUUUUGCUUCUCCCUCCUCAACUUUCUGAAAUUAGUAAGGGUCUGAUACUCUGAUUUGUGUAUCGCGAAUCUUUUAAUGAAUUCACUGCAACGCGCUGCAACUCUUGCAAGUUUAGUUUGUUUGAUUAACGAAAGAACAUUCAAAUUUAAA